GAAGAUGAUGAACAAAAAUCUCGGCUUAUUCUUUCAAUCCAUGGAGAUGGAGGGAUGGGAAAGACGGCUCUGGCCAAGUUAGUUUACAAUGCCCACCAAGUGUUUGAUCAUUUUGACAAGAGAAUGUGGAUAUGUGUUUCUGAAGAUUUUGAUGUUCGGAGAAUCAGAAGGGAGGUUCUCAGUUCAGCAACUGGAGAAAAGGUUAGUGAUCUCUUAACCGACUGCCGUUUACUAAUCCGGCUCAAACGGAGCUUUGCCGGCCGUAAAUUGUUGCUUGUUUUGGAUGAUUUUGGGGCUUUGGACCCUGAUAGAGUAUCAGAACUGGAAAAAUUAGUGAAGAUGGGUGCUAAUGGCAGCAAGAUCAUGAUCACCACUCGCAGUGAGCAAACUGUACAGGAUUCUGCAACAUACAAGGUUGAAAAACUCGACGAGGAGAAAUCCAUGGUUUUAUUUGAACAGACAUUUGGAAGCAAAAACCUUACUGAAAAUAUGACCAGAAUUCACAGUGAACUCAAGAAAGAACUUGUGCCAAAAUGUGGAGGAGUUCCUUUGGCAAUCAAAUCCUUGGCAGGACUGCUUUCUUCGGAAGCGAGUGAUGGUGUCGAGUGGUUGGAUGUCAAGGCCUUGAGGGAGAAAUUGAAACAGGAAGAGGUGAAGGAGGGUGGUUGCGUUUUACAUGCACUGAGACUGAGUUAUGAUCUAAUGCCAUCUUACUUAAAGCCAUGUUUUCUUUGCUUUUCAUUGUUGCCUAAAGAUUAUGUGUUCUACUCAUUUGAGAUAAUCCAGUUAUGGAUGGCGCAAGGAAUCCUUCAUUCAGAUAGCCAAGAUCCCGAGGAUGUUGGGGAGCAAUACUUCAAAGAAUUGUGGUCUCGCGGUUUACUCGAAGACGUUGAGGAGCAUGCUCUUGGAUAUUGGUUCAAAAUCCAUAGCCUUGUCCAUGAUCUUGCAGUCCAACAGGCUAGUAAGGAACAACAGGACCUGGAAUUUUUGCAUCAGCUGUCAUUUGUCGACUGCAACAACAAGGAUUUGCCCCAGCCGAAAUAUGAUAAAAUUUGUGUUCUUUCCAUUCCAGUGGGAGGAGGUGUGGAGCCAAAGAUCAAUGGAGUCCCUCUUUUAAAAUGCAUCACCAAGUUCAGGGAGCUAAGGAUCUUGUACUUAUGCAACUCUUCUUUGGAAGAAAUUCCAACCUCCAUCGACGA